AUUUGCAACUCUGUAUACAUUUUACUGUCAGCUGUUUUGGCAGUAACACAAAUAUUUUUUAUAAAUGGAAAAUGGAUUCUGAUGAUGAAAGUGAUUUGGAAUACGAGGCUUUAAUAAACAUAAUAAUAAACCGACGUCCACGCAUAAUGAGGCAGCGUCGAAACUUUCUAUCAUAUUAUGACGAUGUGGACUUUCGCUGCAGAUUUCGCUUAACCAAGCAAGCAGCAUGGAUGGUUUUGGAACUUAUUAGGAGCAAAAUUCAACACAAAACUAAUAAAAAUGGUGCCAUGUCGCCAGAAGUAAUGUUUUUGAUAACGCUGCGUUUCUUUGCGACAGGAUGCAUGCAAAGAACUGGCGGUGACUCAAGCGGCGUAUCAAAAAGCUCUUCGUGCCGAGCAAUAAGAAGAGUUUGCCGUCAGACUGCGCUAUUAAGAGAACGUUUUAUAAAAUUUCCAGUGGAAGUGGAAAAACAGAGGCAAAUGCAGAAAGAUUUUUACAAAAUAGCAAAGUUUCCACGAGUGCUAGCUGCUAUAGACUGCACGCAUGUGAAAAUUCAAUCUCCAGGUGGUGAUGACGCAGAGUUGUUCCGGAAUCGAAAAGGCUACUUUUCGAUAAAUGUACAAACGCUUUGUGACAGCAAAUUAAACAUUUUGGAUAUUGUAGCCCGUUGGCCAGGUUCGUCGCAUGACGCACAUAUACUAAGGAACUCGCGGAUAUUUAGCAAAUUUGAGGGAAGAGAAUUCGGGAAUGCUCUGGUCGUUGCCGAUGGCGGUUACCCUUGCAAUGGGUGGAUAAUGACUCCCUUGUUGAAGGUAGAAACUCAAGCUGAAGCAUUGUAUAAUGAGUCUCAAAUACGGACCCGCAAUUGUAUUGAGCGUAAGUACGGCGUGUGGAAACGACGAUUUGCAAUACUUGCUCUUGGAAUUCGAAUGCAAAUAAGAGAAGUUGAAAGUAUCAUCGUUGCAACUGCAGUUUUGCACAACAUUUGUAACAUCAACAAAGAUGUGACUGCUCCUCCAGUAUAUGGAGAUAUAAACGAUAUUAUUGACACGGUAGUUGAUGUACCCACAGUCCCAGCAUCUGGCCGAAGUGAUAAUGUACACAGAAGACAUAUAAUACAAAAUUACUUUGAGAGCUUGUAACAUUUAUUUCAUUGAAACAAUAAAAACGUUUGAAUA